AUGCUGACAACGUACAAUAUAAUUUGGAAAAAAGAGGAUGAGGAAAAAUUAAAAAAUGAGAAAAGAGAAAAGAAUGUAGAGGAUAGCGAAAUAAAUGAAAAGAAAGAUAGAUCCUCUUCCAUAGCUGAUUUUGAAGAACUAAUAAAUGAUGUAGAGGAUUUGUUAGAAGAGCAACAAAUAAAUGAAACUGAAAAAUUAUACAAAGAGUCUAAAUCUCCUAAUGAAAAAUUUAAUAAAAAAAAUAAAUUAAGUAUAACUGAUUUAUCAGCUCAAUUAUGGUGUGAACAACAAUUAGAAUUAGUUUUAACCACAGGAAAAAAAAGAGAAACCGAAGCAAUGAGAUUAGGUAUAGAAAGACAUGAAGUUUUAGAAAAAGCAGAUCAUCAAAUUAUUGAUGUAGAAGUAAAUACAAGAGAAGAAUCAUUAGGUUAUCGUUUACUAAAUACUAUUACACUUUUAGGGCAAUUAUAUGAGUUUAAGAAAGCAAGAGAAGUAUGGGUUUUUGGAAUAAUUAGAAAUUACGUACUUAGGGGAGUAAUUGAUGAACUUAGAAUUGAAUAUGACAAUGUUUCGAAAAGAGAAUAUUUAAUAAUAUCUGAUACUAAAACAAGAAAAGAAAAAAAAGAACCAAGUUUGGCUCAAAAAAGAACAUCAGCUAUACAAGUACAAACAUACUGCUUAUUAUUACACCAUUUAAAAAAUGGAAAAGCUGAUUUUCAAAAGUUAUUUGAAAUAUAUGAAUGUAACCCUUACUAUGAAUUUACUGCUAUUGAUUUAGUUAAAUACAAAAAUUUAGACAAUUUAUCCAAAGAAGUAAAUAGCUUAUUCAUUAAAUUACCAAGAAUUAAAGAAGAAAUGGAAAUUGUUUAUGAGCAUCAAGGUAUAGAAUUCGCUAGAAAUCUUAUCCCUUAUUUUUACCAAUCCACAUUAUAUACUAUUAACUUUUUGUUGGACUACUGGGAUGGUAAAAGAUCUAGUGAUGUUGUUGAAAAUUCGGAUAAAUGGAAAUGCAAAUUUUGUGAUUUUGUCAAAAAUUGCGUUAGGUGUCCCCUAGAUGUGUGA